UGCCUGCUCUCCUCCAUUGUAGUCCACGCAGCACAAAAAUGGCAGUCAAACCUGUUCUUCUACUCUUUUAACUGCCGAUUCUACUCCCGCUCUCGGUCAUCAUCACGAUCAAAGGUCAUGAUUUCACCAUCGAAGAAGCCACCAUAGACAGCAUCCAGAGAGCCUUUGCAGAGAACAAGCUUACAUCACUCCAACUGGUGGAUUUUUACUUGCAGCGAAUUGAGAACUUAAAUCCCGAGCUUCGCAGCGUACUGGAAAUCAACCCUGACGCGCGGGUUCAGGCUGAGGAGGCAGAUCGAGAGAGGAGGAGCAACAACCAUGGCCGUAGAUCGUUAAUGCAUGGAGUUCCGGUGCUGCUUAAGGACACGAUAGCGACGAAUGAUUAGAUGAACACGACCACUGGAUCGUACGCCCUGGUGGGUUCUGUCGUUGGUCGGGACGCGGGCGUAGUAGAAAAGCUGUGGAAAGUUUGGGCUGUCAUUUUGGGGAAGGCGAGUCUAUCCGAGUGGUAUUCCUUUGGCGCCUUGGGUAAAAUUCCUAACGGCUGGUGUCCUAGAGGCGGACAAGCCCAGAAUCCUUAUGUUGCAUCGGGGGAUCCGUGUGGAUCAAGCAGCGGAUCAGCCAUUUCCGUGGCUGCCAACAUGGUGAGUGUUUCACUUGGGUCAGAGACUCAUGGUUCUAUUCUCUGCCCAUCUGACUAUAACCCCGUAGUAGGUUUCAAGCCAACCGUUGGACUCACCAGCCGGGCUGGUGUUAUUCCAAUCUCAUCCAGACAGGACACCAUUGGGCCUAUAGCCAGGACAGUGUCUGAUGCAGUCUACUUACUGGAUGAAAUUGUGGGAUUUGACUCAAGAGAUAGUGAAGCAACAUCAGAAGCUGCUAAAUUCAUUCCUGAUGGUGGUUAUAAACAAUUUCUCAACAAAGAUGGGAUCAGAGGAAAGAGAUUGGGGGUUGUUAGACAUCCAUUUUUGGACUACUUAAAUAGAUCCAUCGUUUCAACUUUUGGAAGUCACCUGGAUAUACUCAGAGCAAGAGGGGCAACCAUAGUUGAUGACCUAGAAAUCGCAAAUAUUGAUAUAAUAUCAGAUCCUGCAAGAAGUGGUGAGCUAAUGCUAAUGCUUGCAGAGUUCAAGAGUUCCAUAAAUGAAUACCUAAAAGAGCUUGCAAUCUCUCCUGUGAGGUCACUUGCUGACAUUAUUGAUUUCCACCAGAAUAAUCCUGAGCUUGAAAAGCUUCAAGAGUACGGUCAGCACACUUUUAUUGAAUCAGAGAAGACAAGUGGGAUUGGGGAGAAAGAAACAAAGGCAGUUGAGUAUCUGGAAAAACUUUCACAGGAUGGAUUUGAGAAACUGAUGACCGACUAUAAACUGGACGCAUUGGUAGCGCCUGGUAUAUCACUUUCCAUGACUGUGCUGGCAAUUGGAGGCUACCCGGGCAUUACUGUCCCAGCUGGGUAUCACAGCAAUGGGAUGCCCUCCGGGAUUUGUUUUGGAGGGCUGAAGGGUACAGAACCGAAGCUAAUUGAGCUUGCUUUCGCUUUUGAACAAGCUACGAGGCUGAGAAAACCUCCUUUUUCUGAAUCAUUUGAUAUAACCGGGGACUUUCUCUUUGGUACCGUCUAAACAGAUUUGUUGUUUUUCCAUGGAACUGCUGUGACAAUUUCUUCACUAAAUCAUAAACAUAUGCUAAUGCGAACUAACAGUUUCAUACAGCCAAACUGUUUUACUACGUUGUUCUUUCUGAUUUAAAAAGCCAUUACUU